CAGGUGAUAUGUGUGGAGAUUCCUGUUGUACGAAGGAGCUAGAAAAAGAAGCGUACAAAUAUAACCAAAUAUUAGUAGAUAAAUAUAUUAGGAGUUCAAUCUCGAAGGUCUCAUCUAUAUUAGAUAUCAGGGCUCGAAAAUUUGAUGAACAUUUCCAGGGUAUGAUGAAACAAUCGAAGAAGGAGUUCCACGAGAUGUUCGAGCGAACGUACGGCAAAAUCUAUCUGCAGAACUCCGACGUCUUCAUCGACUUCUUCGUGGAGUUGGAGACCUACUACAGGAAGGGCACUGUGAGACUGUCUGAGACCAUGGACACCUUCUUCGGGAUAUUGUACCAGAGGAUGUUCAAGGUGAUCAAUGCGCAGUACAUGUUCGAUGAUGCCUAUCUGGAAUGCGUAUCAGGUCACAUGACCGACAUGAAACCGUUCGGCGACGUGCCGCACAAGCUCGGCAUCCAGCUGCGGCGCUCCUUCGUCGCCACCAGGACGUUCCACAAGGCGUUGGUGCGUGGCGCCGAGGCGGCCGACCGGCUAGCCGAUCUCAAGGUCAACGCCGACUGUUACGCCGCCAGCGCCGCCAUGCGGUACUGCGGGGCGUGCAGGGGGCAGCAGGAAAGUGGCGGGGGGGUGUGCUCGGGGUACUGCACGAAGACGAUGCAGGGGUGUUUCGGGGUGUACGGGGAGGUGUCGCCGUCCUGGGACAGUUUCGUGGACGCGAUCGACAAGGUAUCAGAACGCCUUCUCGGCCCCUACAACAUCGAGAUCGUGGUCGAACCGCUCAACAUCAAAAUCUCCGAGGCCAUCAUGAACUUCCAGGAGAGCGGGCUGAACGUCUCCCGCAAAAUCUACUCGCUGUGCGGUAAGCCGCCCCAGUACAGCCGCCCGAAGCGCGAUGGACCGCCCGCAGUGGGUUUUGACAGCCGCCCGAAGCGCGAGGGGGCGGGGCUAAGGGAGGGGCCGCCCUCUGAGGGGUUGGAGAUCGAGAUCGAGCCGAUGCGAGGGACGGGGGGGAGAAGAAAGCAUAAGAAGACUGCGGCGACGGUUGAGAGCCGGUCCGCGUUGGAGAAGAUCAUUUUGGAUAUCAAGCAGAAAAUAAAGGAAACCAAACAAUUCUGGCUCAACCUGCCCUACCAGUACUGCAACAACCUCUCGCUGCUCGACCCCUCGAACGACACCGCCCCCUGUUGGAACGGCACCAACACAUCUCCAACCCCCACACACCCCCGCACCUCGGACGCCCCCCUGCUGCCCCCUUUGCUCAGCGAGCAGACCUUCGCCCUGCAAGGGCUCACCGACAAGCUCCGGAAGGCCCACCAGGGCCAAGAAGUCGAAAUGGUGGACGACACGGAAGAAGUUCUCGACGGCAGUGGCUCCGGGUCCGGCGACGGUGACGAAGAAGAUGAUGUCGAGCCACCGUCCCGGCCCGACGAGAAAGAAGAAGAAGAGGAGGACAGGGGGAUCGUGUUUACGGCCGAGGAAGACGGGAGGAAUAAUGAGGUUGUGGCGCCGGUGCCGAGCAGUACUAGGGAACCGGAAGUGGUGCGCGCUAGUGGCGGUGCUAGGACUGUGGAGGGCAUGUCGUUGCAGAGGGCGCUGGUGUGCUAUUUGGUGCCCAUCGUGCUGGCGUGGUUCGGGGGCGCCAUCACGAAUUUGCUGUGAUAUGAUGAUUUUUUUUUGA